AUGGCCUCCGAUCGCAUGGAAGAAUACGACAUCGACAACCGCCUCGCCAAGACGACGGCGCCGCCCGGCACACCCGACUCCAAGGGCAGCGGCGAGCACGUCGAGCGCAUCCGCACCGCCGGUGAGCACAACGAGUACAUCUACAUCGGGCGUCAGAAGUUCCUCAAGUCCGACCUUUACGAGGCCUUCGGCGGCACCCUCAACCCCGGCCUCGCGCCCGCGCCCGCCCACAAGUUCGCCAACCCCGCGCCGCUCGGCCUCUCCGCCUUCGCCUUGACGACCUUCGUGUUGUCCAUGUACAACUGCGGCGCCCGCGGCGUGGCCGUCCCCAACGUCGCCGUCGCCCUCGCCAUGUUCUACGGCGGCCUCGUCCAGCUUGCCGCCGGCAUGUGGGAGAUGGCCAUGGAAAACACCUUCGGCGCCACCGCCCUCAGCUCCUACGGCGGCUUCUGGCUCUCCUACGGCGCCAUCAACAUCCCGUGGUUCGGCGUCAAGGACGCCUACGCCGCCUCUGAGGCCCAGCUCGUCGACGCCAUAGGCAUCUACCUUUUGGCCUGGGCCAUUUUCACCUACAUGCUCACCAUGUUGACCCUCAAGUCCACGCUCGCCUUCUUCUCGCUCUUCUUUUUGUUGGGCACCACCUUUUUGCUUCUCGCCAUUGCGGAGUUCGCGCGCAGCGACAGGGUCAAGCGCGCCGCCGGCGUGGUCGGCGUGAUCGUGGCCUUUAUUGCCUGGUACAACGCCUAUGCCGGUAUCGCCUCCCGCGAAAACGCCUACAUCAUGGCGCGCCCAAUCCCGCUCCCCAGAAACCAAAAGUGGUGGUAG